AUGACAUCUGUAUCCAACUCUGAACAUCCUUCUGGCACCAAGGUUAACCUUGGAAAUGAUGCUCCUGCUCGUCGCGAGGCGGCCGGUACCGUAGCAGCCGACUCGCUCGCUGCUGAAUCCUACAACCAGGGAGGCGACUUCAGCAAGAAUCGCGAUGCUGCACCAGAACAAUACAGAUCUGCUUCUGACAUUUACGAUGCAAAAGUACCACGCGCGUCCGAAAUCAAUGAGGCGCCUACCUAUGUCAACAAUGUCCUCAGCUCUGGUCAAGGCAAGCCUCAUGGUAAAAACAUCACCGAGGACGACCACAUUCACACAGGUGAGACACGAGAUGGUCUGCGAAGGGCACUACAGUCGGAGCCCGGGUCCAUGGAUGACCCUAGCCGUAAUGUCGAAUAUCUGUUAUCCAAGGAGACAGCAGGAGCUGUAGAUGCGGAAGGGACAAACAAUAAAUUUUACGGGUUGGAUCACGAGGCUGAAGCUUAA